AUGCAGAAAACAAAGGUUGAUCAACAGUUCGGUAAGUUCUUGGCUAUGGUCAAAAAUCUCGAGGUAACGACUCCUUUCACUGAUUUAAUAUCUCAUAUUCCUAUGUAUGCAAAAUAUUUAAAGGCAUUCACUAAGAAAAGGGAUCUUGGUGGUGUAGAGAGAGUGGCUCUAACUGAGGAGUGUAGUGCUAUGUUACAAAAUAAGUCUCCUCCUAAGCUAAAGGACCCCGGUAGUUUCUCCAUCCCUUGUCAUAUAGGUGCUUUAUUCAUUGAUAAGGCUCUAUGUGAUUUAGGUGCUAAUGUGUCUGUCAUUCCCCUCUCUAUUUAUAAAAAGUUGACCAUGGGAGAAUUGAAUUGUACCACCAUUACUCUUCAAAUGGCCGACCAUUCUAUUAAAUACCCCUUAGGUGUUUUAGAAGACGUCCCCGUGAGAGUAGGUAAAUUCUAUAUUCCUGUAGAUUUUGUUGUGCUUGACAUAGCAGAGGACAACCAAAUUCCAAUAAUCUUAGGAAGGCCAUUCCUUCAUACUGCAGGGGUAGUUAUUGAUGUUAAGAAAGGGAAGCUAACCUUGACUGUAAGGGAUGACAAGGUGACCUUUAGCUUAAAUUUUUCAAACAAUGCACUUGGUUUGAAAGGGCUCGCAGGUGAUGAUGUUACUAGAGAUGCAUUUGAUUCUAGUCCAAAAGUUGGAACAAGAGGUUCGAUACUCGAUGGCACCGGGUUUGGUGUCCCUGAUCGGUGA